UGGCAACUAAUCCAGCUCAUUCACGAACUAGAACAGUACUGUCUCGCAACGUUUCAGUGAGUAGACAUCCUUUGCUAUAUAGCUUGAAAGAGGUUUCCAAGAAGUCUAAGCCAUGUCGCAACAAGCCCUUCUCUUCUUUGUCUUGAUUGCAAUGACUCAAGCUUCGUUUGGGGUACACUUCAUUGUGGGACAGCUGUCAGGUACCUUGGGUGAACAUCGUAUUUACCCCAAAAAUUCAGAAAUCAAGGAAUUCCAGGCCGACGAAACAUUCCAAGGGUUCACUCACGAAAAUGGCCGCCUGAAAGUGCAGGAGUGUGGAUUGUACUACAUCUACGCGCAAGUGUUUUUCGAAAUUUACAACAGCGGGCCUACGUACCACAACCGCGUGGCUUUGACGGUAAAUGGAGCUCCUUUCAGCUUGAUGCAAACGGGACUCGGUGGCAAGGCUGAUUACGGCAGUAGGUAUACCGGGGGGGUCGUUGAACUGCACAAGGAUGAUUACAUCAGCUUGGUGACCGUCUAUGACAGCCGACUGUGGGUGGCACGCCGUCACACAUUCUUUGGAGCUUAUAGAAUCGGUGAAUAACUGUAACACUAUCAAGGAAAUGUGGUUUUCACGCGGUCACACAUUUUUUGGAGCUUAUAGAAUCAGUAAAUAACUGUAACGCUAUCGAGUGACAAGUCUUUCAAAUAAUAAAGUAAUUAGAUGGUGUUACAUGAUAACACAAAUAAUGAUUAAAGCAAGUUGAACAGUAGGGAAAAUUAGACCACUUGUGAGAAGCCUUGCAAUUUGAAAAAUGUACAAUAUUCGUUCUGUUAGUAAUACGUAAUACUCUGUUCGUAAGCCAUCGUAGUUUAAUUGAUUAAAAACAUAAC